GGUAAUAUCCAUUUGACCUCCCAUAUCUCAUCUAACGAUAAUUACCAUCGCUCUACUUCGGUCGUGUCGCGCGUAUUACAUUACAUCACAUCGCAUCGCAUCGCAUCGCGUUGCCUCUCACCCGCCACGAUGCCCGACUACGCCUCACUGAAGGUUCCCGAACUGAAGAAGCUACUUCAAGAGAAAUCAUUACCUGUAACUGGAAACAAAGCCGAUUUGAUUUCCCGUCUGCAGGAACACGACAAAUCCCAGAGUUCCACCACUGUUCGGGAAAACGAGGAUGAAAUUGAUUACAGCGAUGAUGAGGUCACCACCGCCGCGAAGCCUGAAGAAGAAGCGAAACCUGCCGAUCCUGUUGCACCUUCAGCAGCCGAAGAGAAGCCUGUUGAAGCUAGCGAGCCAGUGAAAGAAGAAGUUGAAACGGACGCGGUCGCAGAGCAACCUGCCGAAACCGCGAUCGUGACCGAGGAUACCACUAAGCCUGAGGCUCCGAAGAUCGAUUUCUCUGCUCAUUUACCCGCCUCCAACGCGGAUGAAGAGGCUCGCAAGCGUGCCGAACGAGCCAAGCGAUUCGGCAUUGUAGAGAACGAUGAAGACAAAAAGAAGGCGGCGCGUACGGAACGCUUCGGCGUCGACGAUUCUUCCUUAGUCAAAGGACUCGACGACGCGUUGCCCGAGAAGAGACCGUCGAAGCGGGGUCGAGAAGGAAAUAACGCCGACGGUGAGCGAGCUGCGAAACGACAAACUCCUGGUGGUCGACGUGGAGGUAAGGGUCGCUUCCGCCACGGUGGGGGUGGUAGGGCUGGUGGCGGCCCUAGGAAGGAGGCCAAGCCUACAGAUGUAAAGGGUAGAUCUGGCAUUCAAAACGAUCCGAAAGAGAAGGCCAAGGCGGAGGCUCGGGCGAAGCGUUUUGGUGGCGGUGGUUCUUGAAAGAACUCGGAAUGGGCGACCUAGUCGAAUAAAUCGAGGUAGAAACAGCGGCGAGUUGAUUUAAACGAUCCUGCGAAACGAAUAUCUAUAUUUUGCCUCAUUUUUCCUACCGUUACCGGUCGACGUGCUAAGCGACCAUGCCAACCCAGGACGAUAAUAUUAUGCCGCUACUGCU